UUGAAACAAAAGCGCUUCGUACUGUCGCAUCGCAUUUAUAUCCUAGACGCCGACUGGACGAUCGAUGUACGUUAUUUAAAAUUAAAAUAACAAAAUAUUUUUAUUAUUUAUUUUUGCCUUCUUGAAUUAAUUGAUCGAGAAUGUGUUACAAAUUCAUGUUUUAUUUGAGAGCCGGUGUCCGUUGUAAUAAUUUAUUGAAUUCGUUCGUUUCUCAAAAGAGAAGUUUCUCAGUUCACGGGAUAUCUUUGAAUGGCUUGAGCGUAGACAAGAGAGCAUUGGCUAGCGCUGAAAGGAAGCAGAGAACCUUCACUGACAGAUCGCAGCUAAAGUACGCCAGAAGAUUGGUUGUGAAGUUAGGUAGUGCUGUGAUUACGAGAGAAGAUGGAAACGGACUAGCUCUCGGUCGACUCGCUUCUAUUAUAGAACAGGUCGCCGAAUGUCAUCACGAAGGACGCGAAUGCAUAAUGGUGACGAGCGGCGCCGUAGCGUUCGGGCGGCAGAAACUGACGCAGGAGCUGCUCAUGUCUUUAUCCAUGCGGGAGACUUUGUCACCAAGCGAUCACACUAGAGAGGACGCAGGCAGCAUUUUGGAUCCGAGGGCCGCUGCGGCGGUCGGUCAGUCGGAGCUCAUGUCGAUGUAUGAUGCCAUGUUCUCUCAGUACAAUGUCAAAAUUGCACAGGUAUUAGUGACGAAACCAGACUUCUACAAUGAGGAGACUAGGAAAAAUCUCUUCUGCACGCUAUCGGAGCUGAUCUCUCUUAACAUUGUACCGAUCGUGAAUACCAAUGAUGCCGUCAGCCCUCCUAUGUACAUUCACGACGACACCGUUGUACCUGGGACUGGAAAAAAGGGUAUCGGUAUUAAAGACAACGACAGCCUCUCGGCGCUUCUGGCUGCAGAAAUCCAAUCAGAUCUUCUCAUCAUGAUGUCGGAUGUCGAUGGUAUUUACAACAAACCGCCCUGGGAAGACGGCGCGCGGAUGAUGCACACAUUCACUUCCAACGAGAUGGACCAGGUUCAGUUUGGGAAGAAAUCUAAGGUGGGAACAGGUGGUAUGGAUUCCAAAGUCAAUGCCGCCACUUGGGCCAUGGCGCGUGGAGUCAGUGUGGUCAUCUGUAACGGUAUGCAAGAGAAGGCGAUAAAAACCAUUAUUAGCGGUAGAAAAGUGGGAACAUUUUUUACGGACUAUGUUACUAGCUCCACCACUUCUGUCGAUGAAUUGGCUGAGAAUGCUCGUACUGGUGGUCGAGCUCUUCAGCAACUGACUCCUCUAGACAGAGCGUCUGCUAUUCACUCGUUAGCAGAUUUACUAUUGAGCAGACAAGAUCAGAUAUUAGAAGCAAACAACAAAGAUUUGGAGGAAGCUACCAAAAAUGGUGUAGCGAAACCAUUGCUAAACAGGCUGUCGCUCAGCCAAAGUAAAUUAAAAACUUUAUCGGUAGGAUUGAAACAAAUAGCUGAUUCAAGUUACGAAAACGUCGGCAGGGUGCUUAGGAAGACCAAAUUGGCUGAAAAUCUCAUUCUAAGACAAGUUACUGUACCUAUAGGUGUAUUGCUAGUUAUAUUUGAAUCUAGGCCUGAUUCGCUACCACAAGUCGCGGCCUUAGCUAUGGCAUCAGCUAACGGUCUUUUACUCAAAGGCGGAAAGGAAGCAGCGUACUCGAAUAAAGCAUUAAUGGGGCUAGUUAAGGAAUCUCUUAAAACGGUCGGAGCCGAAGAUGCUAUUUCUUUGAUUUCGACACGGGAAGAAAUAAGUGAUUUGUUAGCUAUGGACAAACACAUUGAUUUGAUAAUACCGAGAGGAUCGUCGGAACUUGUUCAAAGUAUACAGAAACAGUCGCAGCACAUUCCCGUAUUGGGACACGCUGAAGGAAUAUGUCAUGUGUAUUUAGAUAAAGACGCCGACACAACUAAAGCUUUGAAGAUAGUACGCGAUGCGAAAUGCGAUUAUCCGGCCGCUUGUAAUGCUAUGGAAACCUUACUUGUGCACGAGGACCACAUCUCAGGAUCAUUGUUCACUGACGUUUGUAAUAUGUUGAAGAACGAAGGUGUGAUAAUCCACGCCGGUCCAAAACUAGCGAGACAGUUAACCUUCGGUCCUGCGCCGGCGAGGACCAUGCGUCAUGAGUACGGAGCCUUGGAGUGUUGUAUUGAAGUCGUCAAGGAUCUGGAUGAAGCUGUUGAUCAUGUCCACAAAUUCGGCAGCUCGCACACUGACGUUAUUGUCACGGAAAACGAAAACGCAGCAAAACGGUUCUUGACGGCAGUGGAUAGCGCCUGUGUUUUCCACAACGUGUCGUCUAGAUUCGCUGAUGGCUUCAGAUUUGGUUUAGGGGCGGAAGUCGGAAUAUCGACUGCAAGGAUACACGCAAGAGGUCCAGUCGGUGUAGAAGGUCUGUUAACAACGAAAUGGAUAUUGGAGGGAACUGAUCACACUGCAGCCGAGUUCAAUGAGGGCAAACGAAACUGGAUACACGAGAAAAUGCCAGUCGCAUGAACCUUCCGAAGCAACGUUUGGAUGAAACUGUAUUACUUCAAUAGAAUAUUGUCGAGAAAUAUGGAGAUUAGAAUAAUUUAGAUUAAGUCUAACCAAAGAUGGAUAUUAGGUGCGGAAGUGAAUGAGGGAGUAUUUUGUAAACGAAACUCAUUUUUGUAGGUAUUAUUUAGUAUGUUUAAGGUAAAGUGGAUGGAAGACGAUCCAGAGGUCGUAGCCGAAAAAGAUGGAGUGACCAAGUGUCUGAGUGUCUGGACAUGAGACUGAGCCACGCACUUCACUGUGCCACAGACCGACAUAAGUGGCUACAAAUUACAAAAAAAGGUCACAGGCGGGCGCAUCACGAUGCUCAGCAAUGAGCGAUCGACUGAAGGAGGAGGAUUUAGUAUGUUUAUAUAUUUUUUUGUUUUGUUUCGAUGAUUUUAUUUAUUUUUGUAUUUAGUGCAUAAAAGAAGAAAAAAACGUUUUUUAAAUUAUGCAUUUUGGAAUAUUAUUUUUCAUAUAGAUCUCUUAUAGAUUUGAUUGAGAUUUUGAUUCGCGCAAAUUUUUCAUUGUAAUUUUUUUUGUGUAAAUACUGUUUUUUUUUAAGAGAUUUUUUAUUGCUCUUUUCGAAAUCUAGCUCUAAUAAUAGUCGUGGCCUAACGCAUAUGAGGCCCGAUGUACUUGUAUAGAUGCUACUAUGCCGAUGUUUCAAUCUCGCAGGUAGAAGUACCUACCAAUGGUUCUAAUGCAAUACGAACUUAAUGAAUAUUGAAGAACGACAUGUAAAUAAAAUCAAAUCCAAUAAAUUUUUAUGUGUAUUGUAUAUCUACAAUGCUCUUACUACUACAACGGUAUGUUUACUGGUGGUAGGACCUCUAGUGAGUCCGCGCGGGUAGGUACCACCACCCUGCCUAUUUCUGCCGUGAAGCAGUAAUGCAUUUCGGUUUGAAGUGUGAGGCAGCCGUUGUAACUAUACUGAAACCUUAGAACUCAUAUCUCAAGGUGGGUGGCGCAUUUACGUUGUAGAUGUCUAUGUGCUCCAGUAACCACUUAGCAUCAGGCGGGCUGUGACUUCGUCCAUCCAUCUAUGCAAUAAAAAUAAAAUAAAAAACCAUCCAGCCUAAUUCUAUGGGGAAACAUUCAUGCGUGCCCCGAGUAUUUACACUACAUAAUUGAAACUUAGCCUGUUGUUUCAAGCUAGGCGACAUUUACAUUGUGCUUUUUAUGAGCUUCGAUGAUCACUAAACCCAAGUUCAGCCUUGAUCUCUAUCGUCCAUCUACAAAGUAACCAAAUAUAAGACGAGCUGACCACCCGUUUAAUGUUAAGUGAUCAUCGGCGCUUAAGGACAUCAGGUCUGGUCAGGUCAGGUCAGGACUAAGGUCCAUCACUGAGGUAUAGUUUUGAACCUCGUGUAAAGAAGAUCGUGUCAGUGUGUGGAAACACAAUGGAUACGAGAUCAUUUCAGAGCCAGACUGUAUGCGGAGCAGUGAUUUUUAGAAAUGAACUGUGAAGGAAUUCAACUUCCUAGAGUACUUUAUAUGGUACAAAACAAAAAGAACAAUUGUCUAUCUGACCUUGAGCCGCCAAGCGAUUGAGCAGGUGACGACAACAAUGAUCUAAACUACCCACUUCUUGUGAAUUCAAGUGGAUUCAGCUUGAUGCCUUCAAGCUACGAUUCAAUGGGCCAAAACUGUUAUAGCUUUGUAUAUUAUGGUACUCCAGCUCUGACAAUAUUUAGCGCUUCGUAUAUAAAAAUGAAAGAACAUUUCGUAAAGUAAUAUAAUUAAAAAGUACUAUUACGAUUUAAUUUCUCAUUUUUUAUGGCGAAUUAAUAAUAUUGUUUCGUGUUCACUCAUGGACGACGAAAUGUGAGAGACAAUGAGUAUAAUAAGCGCGAAAUUAAGCCGUAAAAGUAUUUUCUAUUAUAUCUACUCGACUGACACGGUGGUUUUUUUUUAUUUUUUUUAUUGCUUAGAUGUGUGGACGAGCUCACAGCCCACCUGAUGUUAAGUGGUUACUGGAGCCCAUAGACAUCUACAACGUAAAUGCGCCACACACCUUGAGAUAUAGUUCUAAGGUCUCAGUAUAGUCACAACGGCUGCACCACCCUUCAAACCGAAACGCAUUACUGCUUCACGGCAGAAAUAGGCGGGGCGGUGGUACCUACCCGUGCGGACUCACAAGAGGUCCUACCACCAGUAAUUACGCAAAUAUAAUUUUGCGGGUUUCAUUUUUAUUACACGAUGUUAUUCCUUCACCGUGGAAGUCAAUCGUGAACAUUUGUUGAGUACGUAUUUCAUUAGAAAAAUCGGUACCCGCCUGCGGGAUUCGAACACCGGUGCAUCGCUUCAACACGAAUGCACCGGACGUCUUAUCCGUUAGGCCACGACAACUUCUAAAAAGUGCAGUAGUUAGUUGAGUUGAGUUUUGCGCCGAGGGUCGUGGGUUCGAUUCCCCCCAUCGGGAAAACAUUCGUGUGAUGAACAGUUUUGUUUUCUCUUUGUCUGGGUGUCUAUUAUCUAGAUAUUUAUUUAAAGUAAACCUAUAAAAGUAUGUAUGUCAGUCUCUGGUACCCAUAGCACAGGGAAUCCUAAUUUGGGGCCGGAUCACAGUGAGUGAUUUGUUUCCAGUUAUUCUCAGCUAUCUACGACUCGCGACAACUAACCAAAAUACUACCUAGUCAGGUUAUAAAUUCUGUCACAUGUUUAAUGUAAAACAAUUGAAACAAGUUUAUUCACUAUGUAACCAUUCAUAUACCAAAAUUAACUUAACAAAACAUAGAUUCUUAUGACACUAAAGUUUAUUAAAAAUGACCUCCGUGAUUAUGAAUACAGGCCUUCAAUCUGCGCGGCCAGUCGUCUAUCGCAGCACGAACGAGGUCCAUGUCAAUAUCGGCGGCUGCUUUAAUCAAGGAUGUCUUGAGUGACUCCAAAUUGGGAUGAGGCUUUGAGCACGCUUUUUCCUCCAAGUGUUGCCAUAUCUUGUAAUCUAACGGAUUCAAAUCUGGACUGGAGGAGGGCCAGUCUUCGUGCCGCAUGAAGUCGAUUUCACGCGCCGCCAGCCAGUCUUGUGUGCUCUUCGCUCUAUGAGCUGGCGCCGAAUCUUGUUGGAAUACCCAGUGCCUGUUAUUGAACAUGGUAUGAGAAACAGGUUCCACAAGGUUCGUCAGGACUGUAUUUUGACACACAACUGCAUUCGUUUUUACACCUUUCUCACAAAAAUGUACCUCUGUUAAGCCCCAAUACGAAACUCCCAACCAUACCAUGAGCGAGGAUGGAAAAUGACCUCGUUGGAUACGCGGAAUACGGUUGCUCGCUUCUUCACUACUGUGUGCGUACACCUUAUCAUUUUGUUUGUUGUAACUCUCUUCUACGGUAAAAAAUUUUUCAUCCGAAAAAAUAAUUUCCCGAUAUUUUUUUCCCGCGUACCGCUUCAACAAAGCGCGGCAUCUCUUCAGUCUCAGGUCCAUUAGACGAGCAUUCAAACGAUGUCCUGUUUUUCUUCGAUAUGCCCGAAGCCCUAAGUCUUCAUUUAACACCCUUUUCACCGUGGUUCUGCUUAACCACAUCUGAAGGGCCAACAGUUUCUGCUUACGUUUGGAAUUUCUUUGAAUUCGCGCCUUCACAUCUUUUAUCACUGCUGGAGUCCUAACAGACCGAGGGCGACCACUUCUUGACCUGUCAUCUACACUAGAGUCUUCAUUGUAUCGUUUGAUGGUACGAUAAAUGAAUCUUUUGGUUAUAUUAAAAUUUUUCAGUAUGUUAAAAAUUUGAAUUGGCGCGUAACCGCAACGAUGCAACGCAAUAACUGCAACACGGUCUUCUUUAAGUGUCCACUCCAUAUUUAAAAAUGAGUAAAAUUCUAAAAGUAUACAUUUUUAUUUUCAUGAACAAUUCGAAAUUCGAAUUCAAUAAACUUUUUUGUGGCCAGCAUUCUAAAAGAAAAGUUUUUACUGUGUGACAAUACUUAUGACCUGACUAGGUAUAUUAUAGUGUCUUUUAGAUAUUAUAUAUAUCAUAUUGAUAUAUAUUAUAUACCAUUAUUAUAUAUACAUAUUAUAAUACAUAUUAUAAAUUCGUAGGGGAAAUUAAGAUAUGGUUAUUGGACACCAGAGACAUAAAGUACCUCAGCUCUACAAACAUGAUACAGCGUCAGUCGUGUUGGACAAUGGUUGUCAAACUGGAAGGUUUUAAAUGCCCCACAAUAUACUUUUUUCCCACUUAUUUGCCGGUAGCCUAAGGGGCUGUUCCAGUUACGCAUGAAAGGGACAAUAUACUAACUUAAUAUACCUAUAUGUGCGUUUCUUUCAAAAUAAGUAGUUGAAGGUUUUUGUAAAUUAUAUACCUAGUCAGGUCAUAAAUUCUGUCACAUGUUUAAUGUAAAAUAAUUGAAACAAGUUUAUUCAUUAUUUAACCAUUCAUAUACCAAAAUGAACUUAAUAAAACAUAGAUUCUUAUGACACUAAAGUUUAUUCAAAAUGACCUCCGUGAUUUUAAAUACAGGCCUUCAAUCUGCGCGGCCAGUCGUCUUAUCGCAGCACGAACGAGGUCCAUGUCAAUAUCGGCGGCUGCCUUAAUCAAGGUGUCUUGAGUGACUCCAAAUUGGGAUGAGGCUUUGAGCACGCCUUUUCCUCCAAGUGUUGCCAUAUCUUGUAAUCUAACGGAUUCAAAUCUGGACUGGAGGAGGGCCAGUCUUCGUGCCGGAUGAAGUCGAUUUCACGCGCUGCCAGCCAGUCUUGUGUGCUCUUCGCUCUAUGAGCUGGCACCGAAUCUUGUUGGAAUACCCAGUGCCUGUUAUUGAACAUGGUAUGAGAAACAGGUUCCACAAGGUUCGACAGGACUGUAUUUUGAUACACAACUGCAUUCGUUUUUACACCUUUCUCACAAAAAUGUACCUCUGUUAAGCCCCAAUAAGAAACUCCCAACCAUAUCAUGAGCGAGGAUGGAAAAUGACCUCGUUGGACACGCGGAAUACGGUUGCUCGCUUCUUCACUACUGCGUGCGUACACCUUAUCAUUUUGUUUGUUGUAGCUCUCUUCUACGGUAAAAAUUUUUUCAUCCGAAAAAAGAAUUUCCCGAUAUUUUUUUCCCGCGUACCGCUUCAACAAAGCGCGGCAUCUCUUCAGUCUCAGGUCCAUUAGACGAGCAUUCAAACGAUGUCCUGUUUUUCUUCGAUAUGCCCGAAGCCCUAAGUCUUCAUUUAAAACCCUUUUCACCGUGGUUCUGCUUAACCCCAUCUGAAGGGCCAACAGUUUCUGCUUACCUUUGGGAUUUCUUUGAAUUCGCGCCUUCACAGCUUUUAUCACUGCUGGAGUCCUAACAGACCGAGGCCGACCACUUCUUGACCUGUCAUCUACACUAGAGUCUUCAUUGUAUCGUUUGAUGGUACGAUAAACGAAUCUUUUGGUUAUAUUCAAAUUUUUCAGUAUGUUAAAAAUUUGAAUUGGCGCGUAACCGCAACGAUGCAACGCAAUAACUGCAACACGGUCUUCUUUAAGCGUCCACUCCAUAUUUAAAAAUGAGUAAAAUUCUAAAAGUAUACAUUUUUAUUUUCAUGAACAAUUCGAAAUUCGAAUUCAAUAAACUUUUUUGUGGCCAGCAUUCUAAAAGAAAAGUUUUUACUGUGUGACAAUACUUAUGACCUGACUAGUUAUUUUACUACCGGUAUUGCCAGACGAGGCCUAUCUAAUAGUGAGUGGUUAGAGUGGCUCAUGGAUGUCAGCAAUAUCAGGGACACAGCCAAGUUGUUACCUAUAUCUAAACUAUCAAUUACAGUACCCGGCGUUAAAUAUUGCACAUCGGCCGUGCGAAAGAGAAGGUUAAUUGUUGCUUCGUAGAGCGUUAUACCUGUCGCACAUUACCUAAUUGACAUUUAUUAGUCUCCUGAGAUACCGGAUUGUUAGUGUUUCGUCGCACACAGGUAACGCCCUACAACAAAAACCAAAUUAGAAGACUGUCUCUUUCCAAAUAUCGAUGUGCAAUAUUUAUUGCCUGGUACUGUACAAUUCUUAUGUUCCUUGCUACGAUUUAUGACAAUAUGCAAGAUAACUUUAGUGUUUACGUAUGCAUUGUGUUAAAGCAAUUGUUGUGCCAAAUCAUUGGUAUCAAAGAAACGUAUUAUUUCAACUAAAUUUUUUGAAAAAUAAAUAAAAAUGUAAUAAAACGGUUAAUUUUAGUGUG